GGGUUUCCGAGAUCUGGUCACAUUGACCCAUUAGCGAAUGUAAACAAACAAUUUUUUUCAAAUUAAAAAUGGUAAAAAAGGCGCAAACGAAACGGCAGCCGUGGGUAAAGAACCUUUACUCGAACCGCGAAUAUCCGGACAAUUAUACGGACGCCAGUUUCCUGAAGGACCUGCGCACCAACCUGCAUGUCAGGAUAUACACACUCAGUGAGGCAAUUGCCGGCAUUACGGUGCUAAAUAAUCAGAUCUCCUGCAUUACCGGCUUCCUGAUACUCUACCAACUGAUGCUCAGCGACAGGGUAUCGCCCACCACGAUUCUGGUGCCCAGUUGUGGGAUUACGGGCAUUGGAUACCUGUGCUACCGGGGCCGGAGUCUCAGCUGGGCGCUCCUUGGGGAGGACUCCAAAACCCUGGUCACGGUGGUCUUCUUCGGCUACCUGUUCUCACCCAUGCUGCACACCCUCACCCAGGCCAUCAGCACGGACACCAUCUACACGAUGACCUUCUUCGUCCUGCUGGGGAAUAUGAUAUUCAGUCACUACGGAUUGGAUGUGGCCAUGGUCUCCAAGGCCAUCUCACUGAAUGCGGCGAUAUUUGGAGCCAUUUGCUUGGCCUCCAGGCUGCCGUCUUCGUAUCAUGCCUUCGUGCUCCUCGUCGAGGCCGCCGUCUUCUUUGUGCUGUACCCCAUCAUGACGGAGGCGAACUGGAGGGCUGGCUUCAUGGUGCCCAUCUUUGGCAUUUGCUGCCUGGCCCUGUACUGGAUAUCGCGACCGGUGCUCUACCUCUACGCCUCCACCACCGUCUUCAUCAACUUCGUGUGCCCCUUCAUUUUCGUGUGGCAGCAGCAGUACAAGUUCAACAUCCACGGACCCUGGGACGAGGCCAUCGUGGAGGAGAACACCGACGAGAACCUGGACGAGAACUUAUAGCGGCAGCUCAGCUUCUCAGAGCAGCUGCGGCCACGACCAGGUGGCGGCGAUCUCGGGGAGCACUUCACCAAUCACUAACCAUUCGCACGAAUUUUUGUUAUUAACUCUGUAAGUUCAUUUUUUGUUGAUAACUUUGUUAACUCAUUCCUAGCUCCUGUCCAUUUUGAUCUUUUUAUC